AGGAAUGGCGGACGCCGUUAACGAUGGUGAGAUGCAUAUCGACGAUGAUAAAGCAUUGGCAAUAGAAGCUACAGAAGUUGUUAAAGAAAUAGCAUACGCUGUCAAAUUUGUUCAGAUCUCAACAGCACUCCCUAGCGAUAAAAAUCUUAUAUAUAUAAAUAUUACAACGAAAGAGAACAGAAGUAUUUGUGUUGAGCUUUCUUUACAAGGAUUUCGUGUUGUUGGGUCUCAUUUCAAUGAGGUGAAUCCGCAAUGCUUCUCUCAGUACUAUGAGACAAUAUACAGUCUUCUAGACAGUCAAAGUUCGGAGUAUAGGAGCACGUUUUUUGAGACCCUCUCCAAGAAAUUGUUAAAUUUGAGAAGGCAUAGCGACGAGGAUACAUCUGACGACCAGAUGGAUACUAAGUGACCCGACCAGAAGGUCUUAGUUUGUCCAUGUUGUAGGAACUCCUUUUGGUUGUGAUAUAUUUUAGUGCAAAAAUGUUUAUAUGCAAACUACGCAAUAGAAGCAUGAUGCCGCCAGGCUGCCAUUUAUGCAGUUUGAUCCUAUUGUGAACUUCAAUCAAGAAAUAUAUUUUAGUUUAUUUUAGCAGGCAUAUUAUACUAUAUGCAAAAUUUUCACUUAUGUUAAUUUUUUUUUUUAUCAUGGAUGUUUGAACAUUUUUACAACUAUUGUGUGUGUAUGUGUGCCUUGAAAGACUGCAAGGAGUGAACACAGCUUUGUGUCACAUGACUUCUGUUUUUAUGUUUGGCAACUUUGAUAAACAUUUGAUAAAACAUUAUUCAAUUUUGAGAAUGAUGUAUUUGAAUGGAUGAAGCACUCCUGGCUUCGUUAAAACUUUCUAGCUUGAAAAACGAUUGUAAUGUAAUUAAGAAACAAACAUUUAUAGAAUUUUGCUGCUUUUAGAAUUUAGAGUUAUUAUUUGAAAAAAAUUGGAAAAAAAAAAAAGGAACAAAGGAUGAAAUUGACAUGUCAUUGGGAAUUUUUUCAAAAUGUUGUACAGGGCUCAUUAGUUCAUUGGCAAAUAUUAAAAUUAAUUUUUUAGAGUCUACUAUAUAUAUAUAUAUAUAUACUUUAAAAAUGUUCACACUUUAAACAAGUUCUUUUUAGCCCCCCCCCCCUUCCUUUUCCCAUUUUAAUAAAAUCUAAAAUUAAGCAAAAUUUAUUAUUUAUUAAUUUUUAUGGAGAUAGGACACGUUAAAAACUUUUUUUUUGCUUGGUAAAUUAUUGCCAGAAAUAACAGGAACUAAAAUGAUCAUGUUAGUUCCAUAUUUCCGAUGCUAAAUUCACUUUGACUCUGCCCAUUAAGUCAGUAAUGAUUGGUUUACAGCGAAGUGCCGUUACCAUCAUUUUACUUUUGAACAUGUAAAUCUUAGAAAGAAAUGAUUAUGGCUGUCUCUGGACUAAUCACCGUUAGCAAAAAAAAAAAAAUAUCUUUUAAUUUUUAGAAUGUGUAGAUAUUGUUCAGAAUGGAGAGAUGUGCUAAAGCAGGCCAGAGCCCUCCAUGCGCUGUAGCACCAUUGGAAUGGAUAGAUAUUGUUCGUAAGUUUGAACACAUGAAAGAAAUGUAAUUUUUUUUUUUUAAAUCUUUUUCAUUGAAUAACAGUGCAUGUCUUUUGGAAUUGUUUUAAUUUUUUAUAAUUUUUCUUGUCUAUUUUUUUUUGUUUAAAAGAAAAAUUGAGUUUUUGCUAAAGACUUUAUGAUGAGAACUUUAAGUCAUGCAAAUACUUUAAGCCUUGUUACAACAUUACUCUGCUUCUUAUACAAUCAGUUUUUUUUUUGUCUUUUUUUUUUUUAUACAGAGAAUAGGGUUUUGUUUUUGCCAUUACAAAAUGAUGGUGAGGCCUUCCCACUAGUGGGUCAGGUCAAGUACUAGUAAUGCAAGAUGGUCUGUUUGUUCUUCCACUUGUAUUCAGCCAGCAGUAUUUCUGUUUUCUCAUCAUCAAAUUCCAUGUUGAUUAGGGCCUAAGAGGCCUCAAAUCCUCUCUUGCCAAAAGCCCUGGGGAAAAAAAACUCAAUGGUUUUGCACAAAGCACAGAAUUUCAAUUUGAUUAGCCUGAAUUCCUUGUGGUCCAUUAAAUUAUUUAGUACUAGGGUUACAAGUGACUGCUAUUGGCCACCAAUGUUCCGACUUCUGGAGCAUGCAUAUCCUCAUUUCAUUGUUAUCAUUUUAAAAUAUUCUUCUAAGUUCUUGAAAAGUUGCUUUUUAUAUUUUGCUUUUUUUUAUAUAUAUCAGUAUUUUUUUUUUAAAGUCUCUGCUGGGCUUAUGUUUUAGUGGCAUAUUUUCUUGUUGUACUUUGAACUAUAUAGUGUAUUAGAAUUACAUAUUUCUGACUGUUGUAGCUAUAACACAAUACCUUCUGAAAAGUAGAUGUACUAUAAAACACUACUGACUACUGUAGACCUAGCAUAGUUUUGAUUUUGUCCUAAUGUUUUUAUGCUGUACCUAUGACGAAAUACCUUCUCAAAUGUAGAUGUACUAUAAAACACUACUGACUACUGUAGACCUAGCAUAGUCUUGAUUUUAUCCUAAUGUUUUUAUGCUGUACCUAUAAUGCAUUGCCUUCUGAAAAGUAUAGAACACUAAAACUAUAGAGCUAGCAUGGAUGCUUUAGUCUUAAUUGUAUCAUAAUGUUGUUAUCAGUUAACACGUGACUUCUAGUCAGUCGAUUGAGUGUGACAUUUAUCCAUCAGAUCAUAGUAUUAGCUAGUCGUUUACAUUAAGGCCCGCUAUAUUAUGUACUUACAGUAUACGCCAUUUUAAACGUUGUGCAAAAAAAAAACCUUUAAGGACCAGAAUUGUUGACAUAGAAACAAUACUUUGUUGUUGUAGCUAUAAAUAGUGUGAUUUAUUAUCUGAGAAUGAAAUGUCAAGUACAAUUUGAUUUAGAUAGUCCCUCAGAACUAAUGUCAUGUGGUUUGCGCUUUGAUAUGCUGUCGUGAUGGUCACGAGCUGAAACCCGCUCCACCGCCGUGGCCUGCUAUAAUGCAGGAUGUUUGGGUUAGGGCGUAAUAAUUUCUCAAUCGGUGUCUCAAAUUUUUACAAGUGACUUCUUCUUCUUAAACUGUCAGGUAGAGUUGAGCCCUCAGCUCUUGGAACUCUAGGCCAGCAAAAGUGAACAAGAGCUCCCUCUCACUGGCCUGAAUGAGAACAGUGUACACUGUUCUGUCUGACGGGUGGGUCAGACUUGCGGCAAGAGACUGCAUACACUAAGUGACAAAGAAAGUCCCUCAUAGCCUGUUUUGUGGUGUAGAUAGUUCUUCUUAACUCAUUAACUGACACAGUCCCUCACAGACAGUUUUGUGGUGUAAAUAAUCUCUUCUGAUUUUCUUAAUGCAGCAUUAUGUGAUCAGACUUUCCAUCCAGUGUGUCCCUACUGGUACUGUGAAAAACGUAACACAUAAGGCAAUCGCACAUCAAUCUGAACAUGUCUGAAUAAAUGUCUUGUAUUAGAUGUGGACAUUAUCAAGUUCAAGAUUGUGAUAAUAUUUAUUUUUUUAUAUCCUGUAUUUAUGUUAAAUGUGAGUUCAGUAUAGAAGAUGUGCUAAUUCUAACAUUAAUUUGUUAUAUUCUGUGUCUAGCUAAUGUUUUUUUUAAUGUUGCCUUUAUACAUAGCCUAGCACAAAUUUUCAAAAAGUGUCUUGAAUUGGAAUGUUAUGAAAUAAAUAACUUUACCUUCACUUUCACCUAUCACACAAGAUUUGUCGACCAUCUCUCUCCAUUCCUCUGUCUUUUGCUUUGGUUAUAACUCUUUCACUGGCAGGCCUGUCCAUUCUUUUAUAUUGUCUUCCCAUCGCUUUCUCUGUCUGCCUCCUCUUCUUCUUUUUCCCGGUACUGUUCCCUGUAGGAAGGUCUUUGCAAGUUUAGAAGACCUUGUAAUAUGGUCAUAGAGUUUUAGUUUGCAUUUUCUUACAAUAGUUGGCAUGUCAUUGUGGGGUCCAAUUUAUACAUCUAAGUUUUAAAAGUACCUUUCAGCUAAUGCAUGGCUUGCUUUUAUAUUAAGUUAAUUAGUUUUAAGCAUGUCUCAUUGUUCCAAAUGAGGUCAAUUUGUGUGCAAAGCGUAUCAAAUGAGAUGAAUAUAUGAAUUUUAAUAUUACCCACUUGACGUUACAGUUCACACAAAAAAAUGUUCAUUAAGAGAAUAAAUUAACGAAUUUGUUUUAUGCAGUAAGAAUGAGAAGUGCAGUCUGAUACUUUGGAAAAAAUCUACCAGCUUGUCUUUUGUUACAGCCUAAGUCCUGUAGAGCGCUGCCAUAGUUAAUAUCUUGCUGCAAUUUAAAUUUCUAUGACUUUUGCCAUUGUUAAUAUUACUCCUGCUUAUAUCUUUUGACACUUUCUACAUUACAUUUUUU